AACUCGUGAACAUGGCCAUGGAAGGAUUAAGGUUGUGCAAUUCAUGGUUCUUCAUGAGCUGCAUCCUCUUGUUCGCUUUGGCCACGGGAAACGAAACCCGCACCUCUCAAAACAAGAACAAGUGCACCUACGCCAUAACCAUAGAAACGACUUGCACAGACGGGGCUGAGACCUCGGACCACGUGGCCAUCCGGUUUGGCGACACGAACUCCACCGACAUCGUCGUCCGCCGUCUCAACGCCAAGCGUUUCCACACCCUCGAUCCCCUCCAGCCCGCUGAUUCCCUCGACGACGUGCCGCGGAAGCCGUUCCGAGCUUGCGCGGUGGACGAGUUCCACGUCGCCGGCGAAUGCGUCGAGUCGGCGGUGUGUUACCUCUACUUGAAGCUCGCCGGAAGCGACGACUGGCGACCGGGAUUUGCGAAGGUCGAGGUCCUCGGGGGACCCCAUUUGAGCUCCGAGUAUUUCUACUUCCGUCGAUAUUUGCCGCGACGAGUUUGGCACGGCUCCGAUUCCUGCGAGAAGGAGGUCACUCCUAUUGGAAUUAAGAGCAAAAGGAAGGUCUUCGCAACGAAGAGAUUUGUCGUUUGAAAGAAAGGAAUUGUAUGCCAUUGGAUAUUAUUCUUUGCAAAUUAUGUGCAGCUUCUAUUUUGUUGUUUCAGCUUGCUAGAGCAAAAAUAAAAUCUUUAUAUUCAACGUAGCAAGCUCUAGUUAAAUAACUAACACUACCAAAGUUUGUUGCCCAGCAAAAAUUUGUGCUUAUACCAAAUCUCAUGCGGAGUAUAAUUGUAGAGUUGGUUUUUUCUUUUAUUUUUCUUUUUACACGCAUUGAUACAUCAUCGUAUUUGGUUCUUGUCC